AUGCCGCUGCGUUCCCGCCUUCACGCGAGACCCAGGGGGCACGCGCGGGAAGAACAGGCUUCUUCAGAGAAGUUCCCUCACCGUAACUUUGGAAGGUUAUGUCAUACAGAUUUUGCUGUGCCACUGUUGAAAUAUGCUGUUUCAAGUUUUGAUCAGGCUAAAUGUAAGAGAAGAUCUCUAACUUCCCCAGAUGAUUUGGAUCUCUACUCAUCUGGAGAUAAAGUCGGUUCCUUAGUAAGAUGGCAUUCUGAUGAAAGAAAGCUUUCCACUCUACCCCUUUGUAGUUUGUCCGAGCACCUCAGUGUGAACUGCCUAGAUGAUGAACUGGAUUCUUGUCAGAAUUCGAAGCAACAGGAAACUGAAGGAGAGUUAAUUGAGAAGGACCAUAGAGUUAGUAGUUGCAAAAUAACCAAGCAACCUUUUAAAGAAGUAAAAAAAGCAGUAGCCUGGCCAACUAAUUUGACCUCAAAUUCAAGAAAUUGGACUGAAUGUUGUAGUGAUGCAAGUGACUCUCCUUUGAAACCUGUCAACUAUCCAACAUCUAAAGCAUCAAAUAAGCAGAGUUUACUCCCAUAUCAGGUCAAUCAGAUAUAUUGUGAAUUAUCUCAAAUACAUCAGAAACUGCAGUGUGAAACUGCAGCACAACAGGAAUUUGCUGAAGAACUUCAAAAGCGAGAACGUUUUUUAGAUGAAAGAGAACAACUGCUGUUCAGACAUGAAACUGCCUUGAAUAAAAUGAAAGGUGUGGAGGAAGAAGUUCUUACAAGGUUUCAGAUCAUGAAGGAGCAGCGUGACGCAGAAGUUGCACACUUAACUGAGGUUCUUAAGGAAAAAAACAAAGAAAGCAAGAGGCUAAGGUCUUCUUUUGAUGCCUUGAAAGAAUUGAAUGAUAACUUAAAAAAACAGUUAAAUGAAGUAAGUGAAGAAAACAAGAAGAUGGAGAUUCAGGCUAAAAGAGUUCAAGCUCGUUUAGAGAAUUUACAGAGGAAGUAUGAGUUUAUGACAAUACAGAAAUUGAAAGGAAAUUCCCAUGCUGCUCACGAGAUGAAAAGUUUGAAACAAGAAAAAAUACCAGUUUCAAAAACAUAUAAGGUACCCCUUAAUGCACAAGUUUACGAACUUUUAUCUGUCUUCAUGGACUGGAUUUCGGACUAUCACCUUAGCAAAUUGAAAAGUGAAGAAUCUGGGGUGGAUGGUGAAAAGCUGCUACUCAAAUUUGCUUCUCAGAGAAAUGAUAUUCAAGAGAAGUGUGUAAAGCUUUUGCCUAUGAUGACAGAGCAGCUACAGUGGAUGCCAUUUGUAAACGCCAAACUUCACGAGCCUUUUGUAAAAUUUAUAUAUUGGUCUCUACGGCAACUAGAAGCUGGAACGCUGCAUUCAACUAUGACAUCAACAUUGAGGAGAUUGGGUGAAGACAUAUUCAAAGGAGUAGGAGCUAAGGGAAUUCAGGAUAAUUCUUUAGAGCCUUCCUUGGAGAAUAAACCGAAGACAGCUGCUUUCUUUAGGAGUUCCAGUCUGCCAUUGAGAUUUUUGUCAACUUUAAUUGUUCUCAAAACAGUCACUCAAGCUGACUACCUGGCUCAGGCAUUUGAUUCUCUUUGUUUGGACUUGAAGACCGAUGAAGGAAAAAUCUUAUUUUUGGAGUAUCAAGCUGUUCCAGUAAUACUAAGUCACCUAAGAAUAUCCAGUAAAGGACUCUUAUCCAAUGUCAUUGAUAGUUUGCUUCAGAUGACAGUGGAAUCCAAAUCCUUGCAGCCCUUCCUGGAAGCCUGUAGCAACACUUUGUUUUUUCGGACUUGCUCUGUGCUGCUUCGAACCCCUAAGCUUGAUCUGCAAAUACUAGAAAAGCUCAGUAUUAUUCUACAGAAACUCUCUAAAAUCAAGAGUAAUAAGAAGUUCUUUGAACUUUUUACAAUUCACCUGAUGCUUCAGGAAAUACAAAGGACAACACACCCAGAGCACGCCUUCCUCUGCAUUAACCUCAAUUCAACUCUGUUCAAUUUAGGGUUAACGAAAUGCAACUCCUUGGCCUCCAAUGCAAGCCAUUAGACUGGCUUAUUAUUAUUUUAUAUAUUUUAUAUAUGUGUUGCUUAUUUGUAAGGUUGCAAAAAUCAUCAAAGUAACUAAAAGUCUACCAAGUAAAGUUUCUAGUAGCAUCAUUUAUCAUGAAAAAUAAAAUAGAAAAAAUUUUAACUUUAAGAAUGAAAUCUAUAGAAGCUCUGGAAUUGUUGGAAUAUUAUAAUUCAACUAAGGUAGUACUGAUGUGCAAAAUAGAAUUUCCAGAAUUAAUGAUGCUGGGGUUAUUUUUUGUAAAACUGCUUUAGAAAAAUUCUUAAAAUUAUGUGAUUAUUUGGAAUAAAACUGAUGUUUAUGUGGGAA